UUUCAGGCACGGUAUGCUGGUCUACUCUCAAAUCGAAGAUUUACUCAUGAAAGCUUGAUCAGGUGUUAUGCAUUGGAUACCACUUCUUCUAUUUAUUGAUUUUUCCCGGCCUAUGGAGUUCUGCAUGAAAAUGAUGCCGCCAGAGGAUGUUGGCUAUACUACUGAAGAACCAAUGGGUUUGACUACUUUAACAAGUUUUACCGAAGCAACGACGGAGCCUUUGACUACAGUAACAAUGAGAGAGAAACCAACUACCCCGGUGGAAGAGGAACCAACUACCCCGGUGGACGAGGAACCAACCACCACAAUGGUAGAGGAUGACUGUACUGUAUGUAAUAUUGAUGAUGUUUUGCUGCCAGAGGAUAUGGGCAUGAAAAAAGUUCCAACUUUAGUUAUGAAAACUAAUGACACUGCUGAUGGAUGCAUUCAACAAAUAGUUGGUUGCAUGUCUCCCGCUCCUUGCAACGAAUUUGCAUAUUUAUAUGCUGAUACACCUUCUGUCAACGAGCAGUUAAUUAAACACGAUUUGACAAAUACAGAAGCAAUCCUUACGUGUCAAAAAGAUGGAACAUGGUCGUUGGGAGCAGUAACGGAAAUUAUGACUUUGUAUUGCGCCUACUCAUUAUGCUGAUCAUUAAAAACUAGAAACUCGUCAACUAUCACUUUCCGAAUGGUUUAAUUUUGCAAAAUGUUAUCACCAGAAAAUACAUAUUUUACUCACUCCAGCACACCUGCUCCAAAAGUAAUUUUGUCAUAAAUGUUUUU